AUGGGUGUGUCAAUGGCACAAUUUUUCUUUGUAUUUGUGUUGAUGAUCAUACCCACCAUGGCAUACGCUACAUCCAGAAGUCAUAGCCUCGAGGUGCAGAACCUUUUGAAGCGUCUAAACAAGCCUCAUGUCAAAUCUAUCAAGAGUCCAGAUGGUGAUAUAAUUGAUUGCGUUCUUAUUCACAACCAACCGGCUUUUGAUCAUCCUUUACUCAAGAACCAUACAAUUCAGAUGAGACCGAGUUCUUUCCCAAAGGAGGAUACCAUCUUCCCGAGGGAGUCGAAGGAAGGAUCGUUUAAACAAGUAUGGAACUCGAAGGAAAGUUGUCCAGAAGGUACAAUUCCUAUCAAAAGAGUAACCGAAGAAGACGUACUGAGAGCAAGCUCUGUCCGAAGAUUCGGAAUGAAGGAACCUCGCAUCUUCCCUGAGUCGUCAAGUCCUGGAGUAGUAGGCAAGAGUCCAUACUUAGGCUAUUCGCAUGAGUAUGGAGAAGUUUAUUUGCCAAACGGCGAGUAUUAUGGUACUAAGGUAACUAUGAACGUUUGGACACCUAGAGUUCAAGAACCCAAUGAACACAGCGCAUCUCUAUUCUGGAUAACAGCAGGUCCUCGUGAUAAAGUCAAUGUGAUUGAAGCUGGUUGGCAUGUCCACCCAUCUCUACAUAAAGAUAACAAGACACGGCUAUUUAUUUAUUGGACUAGCGAUGGAUAUCAUAAAAAGGGUUGCUACAAUCUGCAAUGCUCAGGCUUUGUCCAAGUGGACAAGGAAAUAACCCUGGGUUCAUUUAUUAGUCCAAUAUCCACCUAUGGAGGUAGCCAAUUUGAUAUCACUUUAGAAGCUUGGAAGGAUCCCGAUACAGGCAACUGGUGGUUGCGUGUUGGGGACAAGCUGAUAGGAUACUGGCCGUGGGUACUCUUCAACUACAUGAAGAAAAGUGCUUCAAAGAUUUACUGGGGGGGAGAUAUUGUGAACUUGAAGGUAGGAGGGAAACAUACCACAACAGAAAUGGGGAGUGGGCAUUUCGCAGGAGAAGGUUAUGGCAAAGCCAGUUUUUUUAGGAAUCUUGCAAUCGUUGAUGAAACCAACACACUCACUCUUCCUGAAGAAAUCAUCGACCCAAAAUUCAAUGCCUCCUGCUACAACAUCAUACUCGAUGAUCAGACUCUAAAGCCAGAAUGGGGAAUCUAUUUCUACUAUGGUGGUCCUGGUCGAAACCCUAAUUGCGCAUGA